AUGGCCCCCCCAACUAAAUAUAAAACCGAUGUGGCUAAGCUUCAGGCUAUGAGAGCCAAGCGUUCCCGGUACUACGCUAAGUGCCGUGAGGAGAUCCUUGCAAAAAGAAGAGAGAAAUACCACCUCAACAAAAACCGUCGAAAGGACGAUGACAGCAGCGACAACAAGGGUGCGGGUGACAACUUGGAUAAGGGCAACGAUGGCAGUGAUGAGUGUGCGAGCGAUGACGAUGAAUCAAUAGGGACAUUAGAUGAAUGUAUUGCUGUGGUGAAGUAUGCUAAAGACGACUUCAUGGCGCACAUCAAAUCUCCGCAAAUAUUCACCUUGGGCGUCCUUGCCGAAUACACAAAGUCUAUCCCAGAUGCUCCCGGAACUCACGGGGAUAGAGAGAUUCUCAAGCGCGCGAUGUCGAGCAUCGAAGACUUCCUUGACAGGGCUAGUCGAGGACAAGACGGUAUCCUCCAAUUGUGUGGGGUUUGUGACGAGUGGCGUGCCGCAGAACAAGUGUGCAGGAGCAUGAGGGACACCAUUGCUAUGGUGGAAGAUAUUUAUUGUCAUGCGCUCAGCGAUGGAGAUGCUGAGUUAGCCGUAGUUCAUUUACUCAAGGGAUUCUUGUACCAGAACUACAACAAAUUUUGA